GCCAUACACGUCGAGUCUUCAGCAUGCAAGAUGCUAUCGCCGCAGCAUCUCCGACGUCCUCUCUGGCAUGCACACGUCCAGCCACCCAGUCUUCCUUCGGAUGCGAUCGAAGCACCUCUAAAGUCCCACAACUCCCUGGCAGCUAUCAAUGCACGCAAUACACACUCGCCAACGUAUAACAGUCCACCCUCCUCUCCCUCCAGAGUCGUCCACACUCAGACUCGGAUUGAUCCCUUCAGAACACAACACCCAUCCACCUAGACGUCAUAAAACUAGACGAGCCAUGCGUCCAACAACUCCCGUCCGGCGUGUCCUGAACACAGACGCUCUCGCCGCCUCCCUCCGCUCCUCCACCAGUGCAAGCACCACCACCGCCCCCUCCGCCUCUUCGUCCGCCCGCCGCCAGCUCGCGACGGUCUCCGCAGACCUCCCACAAGGCGUCCCCGAGCUUCGCCCCAUCUUCGACAUCUUCGACGCCCCCGCCCGACUCGGCACCUCCCCCGCGCGCCUGCGCCUCCCCCAGCGCGCGCCGUCCGCUGCCCCGUCGCCCCGGUCGCCCGCGACAAAGCGGCCGACGCGCCUGAUGAUGCCGAGCCCCAUCAUCUUCGACGGGCCCAGCGGGACACCCCCGCGCUCUCCCCCCGCGUCCGCCUCUACGUCUGCCUCCUCCCCAUGGAUGUUUCCCGACUCCCUCCCGCACACACUCCCACCACCCGAGACGUUCGACGGGCCCGCCUACGUGCGGGGCCCAAGGAGGGAGGUGCGCCCUCCCGCCGGCGCCGGUGCUGGCAAGAAAUCGCCGCGGCUGACUCCGUUCUUGGUGCCUCUGCUGGGCAUGUCCGGUGCUGCAGGUCUUUUCGGGAUGAAUGAGAAGGGGCCGCGGGCGGACUGA